CUGCGCAUCCGGGGCUGCGCUCCCAGACCGGUGGCUGGGGAGUAGGUUGCAGGGGUGUCACUGGUGUCACUGUGUCAGGGGGAGGAGGAAGAGGAGGAGGAAGAGGUGGCGGCAAGGUCGCGGUCUGAGGUUCUGGUGCUCGCCGCCGCCCAGCUCCCAGCCGAGGCUUUCUCGACCGCGCCAAUAAAAGGCCGCCCCCACCCGCCCCCGCGCCCCGCAGCCCUGCUGGACACCCGGGGCUGCAGCUGAGCGGGCGCAGACAGGCCGAGGCGGGCGCCGGGCGCGCAGGGACCGAGGGACCGAGGGCUCCCCAUGAGCGCACGUGGGCCGGGCGGUCCGCAAGCCCGGCUGAGAGCGCGCCAUGGGGCAGGCGGGCUGCAAGGGGCUCUGCCUGUCGUUGUUCGACUACAAGACCGAGAAGUAUGUCAUCGCCAAGAACAAGAAGGUGGGCCUGCUGUACCGGCUGCUGCAGGCCUCCAUCCUGGCGUACCUGGUGGUAUGGGUGUUCCUGAUAAAGAAGGGUUACCAAGACGUCGACACCUCCCUGCAGAGUGCUGUCAUCACCAAAGUCAAGGGCGUGGCCUUCACCAACACCUCGGAUCUCGGGCAGCGGAUCUGGGAUGUCGCCGACUACGUCAUUCCAGCCCAGGGAGAGAACGUCUUUUUUGUGGUCACCAACCUGAUCGUGACCCCCAACCAGCGGCAGAACAUCUGUGCUGAGAAUGAAGGCAUUCCUGAUGGCGCGUGCUCCAAGGACAGCGACUGCCACCCCGGGGAGGCGGUUACAGCUGGAAACGGAGUGAAGACCGGCCGCUGCCUGCGGAGAGAGAACGCGGCCAGAGGCACCUGUGAAAUCUUUGCCUGGUGCCCGUUGGAGACAAGCUCCAGGCCGGAGGAGCCAUUCCUGAAGGAGGCCGAAGACUUCACCAUUUUCAUAAAGAACCACAUCCGUUUCCCCAAAUUCAACUUCUCCAAGAGCAAUGUGAUGGACGUCAAGGACAGAGCUUUCCUGAAAUCAUGCCACUUUGGCCCCAAGAACCACUACUGCCCCAUCUUCCGACUGGGCUCCGUGAUCCGCUGGGCUGGGAGCGACUUCCAGGAUAUAGCCCUGGAGGGUGGUGUGAUAGGAAUUAAUAUUGAAUGGAACUGUGAUCUUGAUAAAGCUGCCUCUGAGUGCCACCCUCACUAUUCUUUUAGCCGUCUGGACAAUAAGCUUUCAAAGUCUGUCUCCUCCGGGUACAACUUCAGAUUUGCCAGAUAUUACCGAGACGCAGCCGGGGUGGAGUUCCGCACCCUGAUGAAAGCCUAUGGGAUCCGCUUUGACGUGAUGGUGAACGGCAAGGCAGGGAAGUUCAGCAUCAUUCCCACCAUCAUCAACGUGGGCUCUGGGGUGGCGCUCAUGGGUGCUGGUGCUUUCUUCUGCGACCUGGUACUCAUCUACCUCAUCAAAAAGAGAGAGUUUUACCGUGACAAGAAGUACGAGGAAGUGAGGGGCCUAGAAGACAGUUCCCAGGAGGCCGAGGAUGAGGCAUCGGGGCUGGGGCUAUCUGAGCAGCUCACAUCUGGGCCGGGGCUGCUGGGGAUGCCGGAGCAGCAGGAGCUACAGGACCUGCCUGAGGCAAAGCGGGGAAGCAGCGGCCAGAAGGGGAACGGAUCUGUGUGCCCACAGCUCCUGGAGCCCCACAGGUCUGGCCAUUUGCAGAAUGCACAGGUGAAUUUGGAGCAGCUGCAGACAGUGGAGACGUAGCCAGGGCUGUUGGCUACCAGCAGUGUCGCUGAAGACUUUGGGGCCAGAAACACCCGCAGCUCUGAACUGGGUAGAGGAGUCUGUGCCUGCAUGAGACAGGGGCUUCCAGGCGCAGCCAUCUCUCCUGAACUUUGGGAUCUUGCUGCAAGCUUUUUGCUGAGUGAGGAGGGGAGCCUCCCAAUGGUCAGAGGGGCUCGGACUUAGAAGAGGAGUCCCUGGAGCAGGUGUCCAGGGAAAGGGGCAGGCCAGGGCCCUGAGUGGAAGUGGAGUGUUUGGAUUUUCCCUGAACCUGGCUGCACCUUCACUCAUUCAUAUGUGCAGUAAACACGUAUUGACGCAUGCUGUGUGCUGGGCCCACCAAGAGGUGCUUAAACGAGACGCUGACCUAUCCUCAGGGAGAGGGGCCCGCGUGUAAUUCCUCCAAAGCCAACAGAGACAUCACAGCCAGGCCCAGCCACUCCAGCUGGCCUUCCUCUAGCCUCUAGCAGAGUUUCCGAAAUCCCUGCCGAGAAUGAUGGUUGCUCAGAGAAAGCUCUUGGACAACACUGGAGGGAACAUUUGGGCUUGCCCCAAGGAUAAAAUUUAAAGGUGGCCAUGGAGGCAACUAGGAAAAGACGGGAGCAGUCAGGAGGCAGCUGGCUCUUAGGGGGAGAAGCUAGCUUCUGGGGAGUCUAGGUAAGAUGGGGAAGGGGAGGCAAGAGGCCUCUGCUCCAUCUGACUCCGCCAGCCUCGGGAAGCUCGGGGAAUAUGGACCUGCCCAGAUGGAAGAUACGGUCGCCUUGGCCCUGCCGAGCUCCUGCCCUCCCCACCCCUCCUCAGAGGCUGGGCCUGAAGUGCUAACGAGAUCAAGGAUGGCGCCACUCAGCAGGUGUAAAAGGGCUGAGUUAGGGAGGCCCUCAUUCUCCUCCCUCCAUCCCCACGUGUCCCAUGCCAUAUGGCCACACCCACCUACCGCACCCUCAGCUGCUCUCUGCCUCCAUCGCUGUAGAGCCUUGCUUUUUAUUUAUUUAUUUAUUUUUUUUUGAGAUAGAGUCUCGCUCUGU